AUGAGCAUCACUGCGUAUGAAAUGAGCAUCACUUCGUAUCAACAAAUGAGCAUCACUGCGUAUCAAAUGAGCAUCACUGCGUGUCAACAAAUGAGCACCACUGUGUAUCAACAAAUGAGCACCACUCCGUGUCAACAAAUGAGCACCACUGCGUAUCAACAAAUGAGCACCACUGUGUAUCAACAAAUGAGCACCACUGUGUAUCAACAAAUGAGCACCACUGUGUAUCAACAAAUGAGCACCACUCCGUGUCAACAAAUGAGCACCACUGUGUAUCAACAAAUGAGCACCACUCCGUGUCAACAAAUGAGCACCACUGUGUAUCAACAAAUGAGCAUCACUCCGUGUCAACAAAUGAGCACCACUGUGUAUCAACAAAUGAGCACCACUCCGUGUCAACAAAUGAGCACCACUGUGUAUCAACAAAUGAGCACCACUGUGUAUCAACAAAUGAGCAUCACUGUGUAUCAACAAAUGAGCACCACUGUGUAUCAACAAAUGAGCACCACUGUGUAUCAACAAAUGAGCACCACUGUGUAUCAACAAAUGAGCACCACUCCGUGUCAACAAAUGAGCAUCACUGUGUAUCAACAAAUGAGCACCACUGUGUAUCAACAAAUGAGCACCACUGUGUAUCAACAAAUGAGCACCACUGUGUAUCAACAAAUGAGCAUCACUCCGUGUCAACAAAUGAGCACCACUGCGUAUCAAAUGAGCAUCACUGUGUAUCAACAAAUGAGCAUCACUGCGUAUCAAAUGAGCAUCACUUCGUACAGUAAAGAGUUAGUUACUAGCAACCAGCUACCAGCCACUACCACAAGUAACAAGAUACUAAAACAGAAAGAGUUAGUUACUAGCAACCAGCUACCAGCCACAACCACAAGUAACAAGAUACUAAAACAGAAAGAGUUAGUUACUAGCAACCAGCUACCAGCCACUACCACAAGUAACUAA